UCCAUGGGUUUGCCUUGGUAUCGUGUUCAUACUGUAGUAUUGAAUGAUCCCGGCCGAUUGCUUUCUGUCCAUAUAAUGCAUACGGCUCUAGUUUCUGGUUGGGCCGGUUCGAUGGCUCUAUACGAAUUGGCGGUUUUUGAUCCCUCUGACCCCGUCCUUGAUCCAAUGUGGAGACAAGGUAUGUUCGUUAUACCCUUCAUGACUCGUUUAGGAAUAACCAAUUCGUGGGGUGGUUGGAGUAUUUCAGGAGGAACUAUAACGAAUCCGGGUAUUUGGAGUUAUGAAGGCGUGGCUGGGGCACAUAUUGUGUUUUCUGGCUUGUGCUUUUUGGCGGCCAUCUGGCAUUGGGUAUAUUGGGACCUAGAAAUAUUCUGUGAUGAACGUACGGGAAAACCCUCUUUGGAUUUGCCCAAGAUCUUUGGAAUUCAUUUAUUUCUCUCAGGGGUGGCUUGCUUUGGCUUUGGCGCAUUUCAUGUAACAGGCUUAUAUGGUCCUGGAAUAUGGGUGUCUGAUCCUUAUGGACUAACUGGAAAAGUACAAUCUGUAAGUCCAGCGUGGGGCGCGGAAGGUUUUGAUCCUUUUGUUCCGGGAGGAAUCGCCUCUCAUCAUAUUGCAGCAGGUACACUGGGCAUAUUAGCGGGCCUAUUCCAUCUUAGUGUCCGUCCGCCUCAACGUCUAUACAAAGGAUUACGUAUGGGCAAUAUUGAAACUGUACUUUCUAGUAGUAUCGCUGCUGUUUUUUUUGCAGCUUUUGUUGUUGCUGGAACUAUGUGGUAUGGUUCAGCAACGACCCCAAUCGAGUUAUUUGGUCCUACUCGUUAUCAGUGGGAUCAGGGAUACUUCCAGCAAGAAAUAUAUCGAAGAGUUGGUGCCGGACUAGCCGAAAAUCUAAGUUUAUCAGAAGCUUGGUCUAAAAUUCCCGAAAAAUUAGCUUUUUAUGAUUACAUUGGUAAUAAUCCGGCAAAAGGGGGAUUAUUCAGAGCAGGCUCAAUGGACAGUGGGGAUGGAAUAGCUGUUGGAUGGUUAGGGCACCCCGUCUUUAGAGAUAAAGAAGGGCGCGAACUUUUUGUACGUCGUAUGCCUACUUUUUUUGAAACAUUCCCGGUCGUUUUGGUAGAUGGAGACGGAAUUGUGAGGGCAGAUGUUCCUUUUCGAAGGGCAGAAUCAAAGUAUAGUGUUGAACAAGUAGGUGUAACCGUUGAGUUCUAUGGUGGCGAACUCAAUGGAGUCAGUUAUAGUGAUCCUGCUACUGUGAAAAAAUAUGCUAGACGCGCACAAUUAGGUGAAAUUUUUGAAUUAGACCGGGCUACUUUGAAAUCCGAUGGUGUUUUUCGUAGCAGUCCAAGGGGUUGGUUCACUUUUGGGCAUGCUACGUUUGCUUUGCUCUUCUUUUUCGGACACAUUUGGCAUGGCGCUAGAACCUUAUUCAGAGAUGUUUUUGCUGGUAUUGAUCCAGAUUUGGAUGCUCAAGUAGAAUUUGGAGCAUUCCAAAAACUUGGAGAUCCAACUACAAGGAGACAAUUGUUGAGAGGGUUGCCCAAAAGCGGAUUUAUGGCUACACAAACCGUUGAGGGUAGUUCUAGAUCUAGGCCAAGACAAACUACCGUAGGGAAUUUAUUGAAACCAUUGAAUUCGGAAUAUGGUAAAGUGGCUCCGGGCUGGGGGACUACACCACUUAUGGGAGUCGCAAUGGCUUUAUUUGCAAUAUUCCUAUCUAUUAUUUUGGAAAUUUAUAAUUCUUCUGUUUUACUGAUUACCUAUCUCAAUAAAGUAUAUGAUUGGUUCGAGGAACGUCUCGAGAUUCAAGCGAUUGCGGAUGAUAUAACUAGUAAAUAUGUUCCUCCUCAUGUCAACAUAUUUUAUUGUCUAGGGGGGAUCACACUUACUUGUUUUUUAGUACAAGUAGCUACGGGCUUUGCUAUGACUUUUUACUAUCGUCCAACCGUUACGGAGGCUUUUUCCUCUGUUCAAUACAUAAUGACUGAGGCCAACUUUGGUUGGUUAAUCCGAUCAGUUCAUCGAUGGUCAGCAAGUAUGAUGGUUCUAAUGAUGAUUCUUCACGUAUUUCGUGUGUAUCUUACAGGUGGGUUUAAAAAACCCCGCGAAUUAACUUGGGUUACAGGUGUGGUUCUGGCUGUAUUGACUGCAUCUUUUGGUGUAACUGGUUAUUCCUUACCUUGGGACCAAAUUGGUUAUUGGGCAGUAAAAAUCGUGACAGGCGUACCUGAAGCUAUUCCUGUAAUAGGAUCGCCUUUGGUAGAGUUAUUACGUGGAAGUGCUAGUGUGGGCCAAUCUACCUUAACUCGUUUUUAUAGUUUACACACUUUUGUAUUGCCUCUUCUUACUGCCGUAUUUAUGUUAAUGCACUUCCCAAUGAUACGUAAGCAGGGAUGGAUCCAUAAGAAUUCACCUAUCCCAAUAACAAAGAAACCUGACUUGAAUGAUCCUGUAUUAAGAGCUAAAUUGGCUAAAGGGAUGGGGCAUAAUUAUUAUGGAGAACCCGCAUGGCCCAAUGAUCUUUUAUAUAUUUUUCCAGUAGUAAUUCUAGGUACUAUUGCAUGUAAUGUAGGCUUAGCAGUUCUAGAACCAUCAAUGAUUGGUGAACCGGCGGAUCCAUUUGCAACUCCUUUGGAAAUAUUACCCGAAUGGUACUUCUUUCCCGUAUUUCAAAUACUUCGCACAGUACCCAAUAAGUUAUUGGGUGUUCUUUUAAUGGUUUCAGUACCAACAGGAUUAUUGACAGUACCUUUUUUGGAGAAUGUUAAUAAAUUCCAAAAUCCAUUUCGUCGUCCAGUAGCUACAACAGUCUUUUUGAUCGGUACCGCAGUAGCUCUUUGGUUAGGUAUAGGGGCAACGUUACCUAUUGAUAAAUCUCUAACUUUAGGUCUUUUUCAAAUUGAUUCAACCGCGAAAUACCACGAUGUAGGUAUCUAG